AUGCCGAAACACCACAUUGCCCGUGCACAUAGUCUCAUUCGCCUAGGGUCGGCAUACGACGCACGGUAUCUCUAUAAAGGGGAUGAAGCAGAUGAUAGCAGAGCUGAACAGGCUUUCAAAGAAGCACUACAUCAUUCUUCAUCUCCUAUUGUUGAUAGACUACGAGCUUGCAAGCAGUUGUUCUUUUCUUCUGUGGAAAGAGAGCGGUGGCAAUCUGCUUACGAAGUCGCCUCCACAGGAGUAUCCCUUCUCGGGCAGCUUGCCCCCCGUUCUCUGGUGACAUCGGAUAAGCAGCGUCUGAUGAUUGAAUUUUACGGACUUGCUUGCGAUGCUGCCGCAGUGGCAUUGAUGAUAGGGAAGCAACCUUAUGAGGCGAUUCGACUUCUUGAGAUUGGUCGAGGGGUUAUCACAGGCUCACUAAACGAAAUCCAUACAGAUGUAUCUGAGCUCAUUCAGCAGCAUCCUGAGAUCGCAAAAGAAUAUGUCAGGCUUCGCGAUCAAAUGAGUUUAUCUGCUACGGAGAGUGGCCGGCUUGAGUUGCUCACAGCAACAGCAAGCCGAGCAAGCCAGCGUUAUGAUGCCGGCCAGAAGCUUGAGCGAAUAAUCCAGACUAUUCGGGGUUUGCCUAACUUUGAUCGAUUCCUCAUGGCCCCUUCCGAGGAUGAGUUGAAGGAUGCAGCGGGGGCGGGACCUAUUGUUAUCCUAAAUGACGGCGACCGCAGAUGCGAUGCGCUGAUCAUCACAAAGACGGAGCUGAAGUCUAUACCGCUACCUCAAUUAAAGGGGAGGGACAUGGCCACCUUUGCAAAUAGUCUUGGCAAGCCGCAAUCCAUGAAUACACGGCUGUUGGAGUGGCUUUGGGAUACAGUCGCGGAACCAGUCCUGGAUAGUUUGGGACUCUCCCAAACAGAGGCCGGAUCCUUACCUCGCGUAUGGUGGAUUCCUACCGGGCGUCUCACUAGAUUUCCCAUCCACGCAGCUGGCUAUCAUUUAAGUGGCACCCAGGCUGUCCUGGAUCGAGUUAUUUCAUCAUAUGCAUUCUCUGUUAGGGUCCUUUUACAAAGCCGCCGGGUUCCAUCCUCCGAGCCACCCGGAGCAGGAUCAGGCAAAGCCGUUUUAGUUGGCAUGAGAGAAACACCCAGGUUGAGUAAUCUUCCAUUUGUGCCGCUGGAGAUUGACCAUCUCGAACGUAUUUGUGGCUCUAUGCAGCUAAAAGCCUUCAAGCCUCGGCCAUAUCGAGACGAUGUUCUGGCCGCUCUUGUUGACUGCGAUGUAUUCCAUUUUGCGGGUCAUGGAGACACCGACCGAGAAAGUCCUUCUCAGAGCUCCCUAGUUUUACUUGAUGGGCCUUUGACGGUGGAAGAACUCUUUAACACGAGCCUCCAUGAUCGUAGGCCAUUUCUUGCUUAUCUCUCGGCCUGCGGAACUGGGCAGGUUAAAAACUAUAGACUUCUCGACGAGGCACUGCAUCUGAUUGCUGCAUAUCAAGUAUCUGGAUUCCGUCAUGUUAUCGGAACCUUGUGGGAAGUAAACGACAAGUCUUGUGUUGAUGCUGCCUCCAUGACAUACAAGUGGAUACAGGACCAAAAGAUGACAAAUGAGUCUGUAAGUGAAGGCCUUCACCGUGCAAGCGUAGAGCUUCGGGGGUCAUGGAUUGAGGAAACUGUGGCGAGGACAGGUCAUCCAGUGGCAAUUGCGAAAGAUGACAACUGUUCAAGGGACGUACCUUUAGAACAUUCGAGCCCGGAUAUAAAAGUAGGACUAAGAGAUAUGGAUCUAAUGGAGGACUUACCGCUGUAUUGGGUUCCUUAUGUUCACUUUGGGAUUUAG